AUGGGUCGUCCUGAUGAGGGACUCCUCGAAGCCGGCGACUGGCAGCCGGCGAAGUCAGAGCGUCCGGCGCGAUCAGCAUCGCCAAUGUUGCAGGCGCUCUUGCAAUUUGUUCGUCCUUCGUUCUUGAGCAAAGCCAGUGCACGACCAACAAAAGUGCGACGGACCGCGUAUCUGGACGGUCUGCGAGGUUUCGCGGCAUUGAUGGUAUAUUGGGGCCAUCAUCAGCUAUGGGCACACGAGCCACAGCGCGCGGACAAAAUCCUAGAGAACACCUUUGGUUACGACCAUCAGUACUACUUCGUGACGCUACCGGGUAUCCGGACGUUCUUUGCAGGCGGCCACUACUCUGUGUCAACCUUCUUCGUCAUCUCCGGCUACGUCUUGUCCGCAAAGCCACUGUCACUGAUUCACGCCGACGAGCAUAUUGGACUUGGCGAUAACGUGGCUUCUGCGCUCUUCCGCAGAUGGAUCCGCUUGUUCCUGCCACUGAUAGUUACGACAUUCCUGAUGAUUGUCUCUUAUCAUGCAUUCGACGUCCUCCCAAACUUCACACCACAGCGAACGUUCCGUGCCGAGAUCUGGCACUGGUAUGCUGAGUUCAAGAACUUCAGCUUUGUGUUUCGCGGCGGCGGCGACCCCUGGCUCAGCUACCACUUCCAUUCGUGGUCAAUACCUGUUGAAAUGAAGGGCUCGAUCAUCAUAUACACCGCAACCAUGGCGUUCUCGCGCUGUACACAUUCCGCCCGCCUAUGGUGCGAGAUUGGUUUGAUCUACUAUUUCCUGUACAUCGUGGACGGAGGACACUUUGCAAUGUUCAUGGCGGGAAUGAUGCUGAGCGAUCUCGAUCUCCUCGCAGCAGCAGACAAUCUUCCGAGAUGGAUGAAUCGCUGCAAGCCGUACAAGUCAUGGAUCUUCGGCGCUCUAUUCGUCAUCAGCGUGCUGCUUGGCGGAUGCCCAGCCUACAGCUGGAACAUUCAGUACUUGCGCGACUCGCCAGUAUGGUCCCACCUUGCGUUCCUGGCGCCGCAAGCCAUCUUCGACUACAAGUGGUUCUACCUAUUCUGGGCAGCGGUGACUCUCGUGGCUUCAGUGCCAAGAAUCCCGCCUCUUAAGCGGUUCUUCGAGAGUCGGUUCUGUCAAUACCUCGGACGCGUCUCUUACGCGUUCUAUCUGUUUCAUGGGCCGAUCAUGUGGACGCUGGGCGAUCGUCUAUGGAUCGUCGUCGCCCAGCAGCAACGCAGCGACAUUGCGAAGACCGUCUGGUUCGCCGAGCUCACAUGCAACGCUGUCUUCAACCCUGAAAUCGGCAUCGUGACAUGCGAGAAGCCGCCUCUCACGCUGCCCAUCGCGGCUGCCUCGACUGAGGCCAAGUGUGUCGGCGACCUAGAGCACUUCCAAUGGAGCAUCGGUCCACAUGAUGCACGCGUGGCGUUUGGUCCGGCCGGGCCAUACGCGAUCUUUGGGAGCACCAGUAGGCAUACGUGCUUUGGGCAAUGGAUGCAGGACUUUCGGACUCUCGUGGACUGGGGACGUGUUGAUGACGCGGACGUUGCUGGCGGAGCGAAGCUCUGGAGGCCCGUGGAUCUCCAGCGUCUCCCGCCGUAUGGGUUGGUUGAGAAGAACUGGUUCCCGUUCUGGGAUUUUGCGGGGAAGAUGCACAUGCAUUGGGAUGUCAGUCCGCGGAGAGUGUUUGCGGAGGUCGCGAACGAUGGGAGUGUGGUUGGUGGCGACUUGGCUGAGCUCACGAGGGUAGACGACGACAAAUGUAUGGCGAAAUACCUGCCGCAGUUGGCCGCAGGUGCGUCGGAGAGCAUUCACCAGGCGACGAACUCACUUUCGAUCACGAUGUGCAAGAGGGCGGAUGCGAGCUGUGAGCCGACCGUGUAUAACACGUUCGUGAUGGCGAUCAUUCAGCACAAGGUGUUUCACGACCUGCACAGCGUGUAUGAGCCGUAUGUGGUGGUAUUCCAGCAGAGCGCGCCGUUUAGAUUGCAUGCGAUUUCUUCGAAGCCGCUGUGGGUUCAUGGUAGAGGGACGAAGGGGGAGAAGAGACCGAAGAAGGUGCCAGACAAUAUGCCGUGGGUGCAGACGGAGAUGAUCUAUGUCACGAGUAUGAAUUGGAAGCAGCAAGGACAGAGGUACCAUGGGUAUCUGGACGAUGUGGUGUUGAUGGGGUUCGGGAUUGAGGAUGAGCGGUCUGGCGUGAUUGAUGUGAUGGCGGAGGAUUUGCUGGAGGGUUUGGGCGAGUGUGAUAUGUAG